AUGGCGUCUGCUACGCUGGUCGUGACUCUGGUUGCUUGGUGCUGUCUGGUCAGCGCUGCUCGUGCCGAUCUCGGCUACGCUCCUUCGGACUUGUCAAAUGAAGUCUCGCUGCAGGCCCUGUUCGAGCGAUGGUCCGUGAAGCACGGCAAGGUUUUCGGAGUUGCUGAGAAGGAGUCUCGUUUCCGCACGUUCGUGGAUAACUUGCACUUCGUUCACAACCUGAACUCGCAGGGCAAGAAGUUUACUCUUGCUCUCAAUGAAUUCGCUCACCUGUCGCACGAGGAGUUCAAGUCGACGCGCUUGGGCUUCCGUAAGGAAAUGGAUUCUCGCAGCGGCAGGCCGCUUCGUGGAAACUUCAUGCACGCUGACGUCAACGCUCCGGAGGAAGUCGACUGGCGCAAGGAGGGAGCGGUGACUGAUGUCAAGAAUCAGGGCCAAUGCGGGAGUUGCUGGGCGUUUUCGACUACUGGAGCUGUUGAGGGUAUCAACAAGAUCGUGACUGGCGAGCUGAUCUCGCUGUCAGAGCAGGAGUUGGUAGACUGCGACACGAAGAAGGAUCAGGGAUGUGGUGGUGGACUCAUGGACUUCGCGUUCGAAUUCAUCAUUAAGAACGGCGGUCUUGACACCGAGGAGGAUUAUCCUUACGACGCAACAGCUCACAAGUGUAACAAGGCUAAGAUGAACACCCACGUUGUCACAAUUGACGACUUCGAAGACGUUCCUUCCAACAGCGAGGCCGGCCUCAAGAAGGCGCUUGCUGUUCAGCCUGUUUCCGUCGCAAUUGAGGCGGAUCGGCGGGAAUUCCAGUUCUAUUCGAGUGGUAUUUUCGACGGCGAGUGCGGCACAGAUCUGGACCAUGGCGUUCUGGCCGUCGGAUACGGCACAGAGAACGGAACGGAUUACUGGAUUGUGAAGAACUCGUGGGGUCCUCGCUGGGGUGACCACGGCUUCAUCAGGCUGGUCAGGAAUGUCGAAGCUGAGGAAGGCCAGUGCGGUAUCGCCAUGCAGGCAUCGUAUCCUAUCAAGAAGGGACCCAACCCACCUCCCGGCCCUCAGCCUCCUCCCACUCCCCCUCCUUCUCCUGAGGUGUGUGACCGCAAGCACGAGUGUCCCCACGGCACCACCUGCUGCUGCGGUCUCCCUCUUGGAAAGCUGUGCCUGUCGUGGGGAUGCUGCCCCAUGGAGCAUGCCACCUGCUGCGACGACCACCACCACUGCUGCCCUCAGCAGUACCCCGUCUGCCGCACUGACAUUGGCAUCUGCACAAUGAGCCCCAAUAUGGAGUUUGGAGUGCCGCUGCUCACUCGCUCCCAGGCACACUUCCGCUGGCCGUUCCUGCGUGAUGUGCUGGGACGCAAGGUGGGACAGGAACAGGAGAAUGCCUCCUAG